AUGUCAGACGACAUACAAAUUACUAUCAAACAAGCGCAGGCCAUCGUGAACGAGAAUAUAGACAAAAGCAGAGAAAUAACUCGGUUUGAGGAGUAUUUGCAAACACCACAUCGACCAGGUACUAAAUCAUACCUCAUCCAAACACAAGACAACGCCUACAUCCUGAAGGUCGCACAGCCUUCUGACUUGUCUAGCAUCCCGUCAUAUGGACCAAACUCACUGGCCGUGGAAUACAGCCUUGUGACUAAUCUACGAAAAAACACUUCUCUCCCUCUUCCAACCCCACAUGCACUCGACGAGAGUCGUUCACUCAUUGGAUACCCUUAUUUCCUUUUCGCCGCCCCUGCGGGCAGGACACUCGCGUCGACGCGUGCCCAACUCACUACACGCCAAAGCCUCCAGAUCGACCUCCGCAUUGGCUCGUAUCUGAAACAGCUCCACGAGGUGCAAAACGAUUGGUUUGGUCAACCUAGACAAGAGCAUGACGAAAUAUACAGCUGGCAAGAAGCGUUCACAUCACUUCUCGAAGAUGUACUCCUUGCAGCCGAGGAUAAACACAAGACAGGAAGUCUAGGUGUCACGUUGCCUAUGGGGGACGUGCGUCGAUACCUGUCGCGAGCGAUCGGAUUCUACCUGUUUGACGACUGCGAAGUGCCAUCUUUUGUGUGGUUCUCUGGGUGCGAGGACAAUAUCUUUGUAGAGGUGACGGACCCUGAGGCAGAACCGAAAAUCACGUCUUUGGCCGGCUUUGAUCAUGCGUUAUGGGGCGAUCCGUUACUAGAACGGUUAUUCAUGGACCCCAGCGCUGCGAUGUUGGAAGGAUAUGGCGGUACGCCGGUCAUUUUUCCAAGACAGAAAACCAAAAGAAUUUGGUACACACUUUACAUGGCGUUGUUGGUGUUGGUCGAGGGAGAUGGAAGAGAAGGCAUGGAAUCGUGGGCGAGACAGGCGGUCGAAACGUGUCUGAAGCAGCUGAAGGAUGCAGCGUGUUAUUAA